GAACCACCAUUUCGCUCAUAUCAACAUUCCACGUCCCCGUCGUUGUAUAGAGAAAAUGAAGUUGGUUUGGUCACCGGAGAUGGCUUUGAAAGCGUACAUAGAUACCGUGAAAACCUGCAAAAAGUUUCAAGAAUCAGAUGAUGCAGAGAUGAUCUCCGCCAUGGCAGGCGGGUGGAACCCUAGAUUGAUUGUGGAAGCAUGGUCGAGUGGUAGUGAAAUCACGACAAGCAUCGGCUUGGAAAUUGCAGCACGCCACUCGGGUGCACGUUAUGUUUGCAUACUACAAAAUGAAUGUUCAAGAUCAGAAUAUAUCGCCGCCCUGAAGGAGCAUGGCUCAACGGUGCCGGAAUUAAUGGUGGGAGAAUCUAUGGAAGUGAUGGAGAGAUUACCGGAGGUUGAAUUCAUGGUGGUGGACGGUGGACGGAAAGACUUGUGUGAAUUGUUUGGGGUAGCUAGAUUGAGCCAUCGAGGUGCUGUCUUGUUAUGCAGAGGUGGUGGUACAGGGCGGCGCAUGGUUGGUUUCCGAUGGGACUUGGUUGUUAAGAAGGCAUGUUUGGUGAGAUCAGUGAUUAUUCCGGUGGGACAAGGAUUGAAUAUUGGUUAUGUAAAGGAGAAUCUUGAAUAUAAAAGAUCAUCAUCUAAAAACUACAGCCGUUGGAUUACAAGAAUAGAUCGAAAGACGGGUGAAGAACAUGUGUUUCGAGGAUGAUUUUUUUUGUUGGCUUUUUGUGUUUUAUUUUGUAAAUGGUUAAUUGAAUAAAGUUAAAAGUGAUGAUAUAUUCAGUAAUCGGUCUUUAUGGAAAAG